AUGCUGCAAGCUUCAACAGAUGUUGCAGCUCAAGAUGCUGAGAAUGCCCAAGUGUCAAGCUCGACACCAACUACUGAAACUGUAGCCUCGGCCCCAGCAGACACUACUCCUGUCCAUGCUCCUCCUCCUCCUCCUCUAGAACUGGAAUUGAUCUCUAUGCCUGCGCCUACUCCGACACCUCAGCCUAACACUCCUACUAUAGGCUCCCUCUAUGCCAACAUCGAUGAGCUAUUUGGAGAUGUUGGUGGUAGCCUCGGCGACAAA